CCCUUAGGGGCGAACGGUAUAACUUGCUCUCCAUGAUACCAAAAACCGAGGGCUGGGCACCAUCUGUCUGGGGAUCCUACUCUACGCAUUUUCGUACAACACAUGUUGCUUCAUUCGUUUGUCGACUUUGUUCUGCGCAUGUUUUGAGCCUACAGCGGCAAGAUGCCGACCAUAUCAUUUCCUCAGUUCCAACGGUUACAAUCAUUUGUCUGGCUUCUCACUGUCGUUCCCCUCUUCUUUCUCUUCGUCCUCUGGAGCAAUCUCGACCACGACUAUCUGUCCAACACUCUGUCAAGUUGGCAACUCAACACGACCCGCAUCUUGCGGUUUCCUGGGCAUAAUGUUCCUCUUCCCGAUCCAUUGAAAAUAUGGAUCCUCGAGUCGACCGGAAGUCACGAUGAGGUUAGGGCCGCCCUUGUCCAUUCAUUUGGCGGCAUCGAGCAUGGAGAAAUAACCAUGUUCCGUUUGAUGGAACGCUGGAAUAUCACCGACAUCAUGGACAACUACACCAUGGAAGCACCCGUCCAGUCAAUCAGGGGCAGCCAGUCUUUAAAGCACGCCGUGCACAACCUAUCCCUCCCGCAUGUAAUCGUCUCCACAACAUGCGAAGCCGAUCUCAAAAACGAAGCGGAGGCAUUGCGAUACCUGCUGGCCAAUUCGAGCGCCCACCUCUUCUGCACGUUUCACCAUGCCGACCGUUGGGUCAAGGGCGCACACGUAGAGCACGCCCGCGAGUGGGUGGAAAAGGGCCGCAUCGACUUUGUCGGCCUUAGCAAGCACACUGUGGACUUCUUUGUGAAAAACACCGCCUCGCAAUGGGACUCGCGAACGCCCUUCAAGGCACGCGCAUAUCCACCAGUGUUUCCCGUCCAGCUGGCUGAACCGGAGACCGGCACAGUACACCUCGCCAUGCAGGGAGACUACAGCCCACAUCGUCGCAAUUACAGGAGCAUUUUCCGGGAACUCGACAAGGUCAUCACCAAGGUGGAGGAGUUUGGUGACAAUGAAACCGUCGGCUUGCGUCUUCUUGGGCAUGGCAAAAAGCCCAAGGUGCCCAAAAAGAUCAAAAAGAAUGUCCAUUUCGACGAGCGCCUGACGUACCCGGACUUUUACUCGCUACUAUCGACCUCGUUUGCCGUUCUUCCUGCCUUUGCGUCUUCGGGUUACUUGGACCGUAAAGCAUCGUCCACAAUUCCAGCUGCUUUGAUCGCUGGCGCGCCGGUCCUGGCCAGCGAGCAAAUCCUUGCCGCCUACACCUAUCUGCCUAGGGAGGCAGUGUGGAUGGUGAAGCCAGGGGAGACUGAGAUGACGGCUAUGGCAAGGUUGGUGGGCCACAGGAGUGAGUACCUCAGAAAGAGGGAGGCUUCUCGGAGGGCCGCAAUAGACAUAAUGGAGGCGAACCGACGAAAUGUCAGAAAGUGGGUUGCCGAGGCGUCGUGGAAGGCGAACUGGGUUGAAACUCCCUGAAAAAGCAAGUUCUAUGCAUCCUGUUAUAUACGAUAUACAAGAAAGUAAUGAAACAAGACGGCAACCAAAAAUUUGGGAUGCCAUACGAUGUCAAAUGCAACCAAAAUCUAUCAAAGAUCUACACUAAACGCGCCUGCUGGCCAUAGCAGUGCAACCAAUAACAGUCGUGGUCUUU